UUCCUCAAAUGUGUAACAUUUAAAGAAUGUCUAUAGUUGUAGCUGUUCUAUUUCUUUAAGGCAAUCCGGGUGCUUCUGACAUCAUAGAUGUUGUCAAUGGUGCGUUGCAAAUAACGUGAGGGGGAGACAGAACUCUGAUAGAGACGGCCAUUCGUAUUGAAGCUUCACAGGGACUAUCAACAGGGAGUACAGCCGAUGCAAAAGGAAAAUUGGGGUAUGAGAGCCACCAGAAUCCGUUCCCAUCCUUCGCUGCCCGGGGCCCAGUCUGACUGACAUCCUUCGGAUCAGCAUUGCCACUGAACCACCUCUCGAAUAAACCUAAUAUCGUGUGAGUAGUGUACUGGGGAACCGACGAAACCAGGGGGGAAAGGGAACUUGAUUCGACCGAACCGGAGUCUUGUAUUCAGAGCGUCGCAGAGGGGGAGGGGCGAAUAGAUGGCUAUCACUGGAGAACAUAGGUGAACUUUCAACACCAUGGAUCUGAGAGUGGGGAACAAGUACCGACUGGGACGGAAAAUAGGGAGUGGGUCCUUUGGAGACAUUUACCUUGGUAAGUGGAAGUGCUCCGGCGAAGAGGUGGCCAUUAAGCUGGAAUGUGUGAAGACCAAACACCCACAGCUGCACAUCGAGAGCAAUUCUAUCAAGAUGAUGCAGGGAGGAGUGGGGAUUCCCUCGAUAAAGUGGUGCGGGGCAGAGGGAGACUACAACGUCAUGGUGAUGGAGCUCUUGGGCCCCAGUCUGGAAGACCUCUUCAACUUCUGUUCCCGCAAGUUCAGCCUCAAAACGGUGCUACUGCUGGCAGACCAGAUGAUCAGUCGCAUCGAGUACAUCCACUCCAAGAACUUCAUCCAUCGCGACGUCAAGCCCGACAACUUCCUCAUGGGGCUGGGGAAGAAGGGCAACCUGGUGUACAUCAUCGACUUUGGCUUGGCCAAGAAGUACAGAGACGCCCGCACACACCAGCACAUCCCCUACAGGGAGAACAAGAACCUGACGGGCACUGCACGCUACGCAUCCAUCAACACCCACCUGGGCAUCGAGCAGUCUCGGCGUGACGACCUGGAGUCUCUGGGAUAUGUCCUCAUGUACUUCAACCUGGGCUCUCUGCCCUGGCAAGGCCUCAAAGCUGCCACAAAGAGGCAGAAGUACGAACGCAUCAGCGAGAAAAAAAUGUCCACCCCCAUCGAGGUGCUCUGCAAAGGAUACCCCUCCGAGUUCUCCACCUACCUGAAUUUCUGCCGCUCGCUGCGCUUUGACGACAAGCCAGACUACUCAUACCUUCGGCAACUCUUCAGGAAUCUGUUCCACAGACAAGGCUUCUCCUAUGACUACGUAUUCGACUGGAACAUGCUCAAAUUUGGUGCCAGUAGGACAGCAGAAGACGGUGAGAGGAGGGGAGCUGACGAAAAGGACGAGCGUAUUGUAGGAGGCCCUCGGGGAUCUGCUGCACGGGGUCUCCCGCCAGGGCCAAACCCACCAGCUGCCAACAGAGUUAGGAAUGGACCUGAGCAGGCCAUCUCUAACCCUGCAUCACGGGUGCAGCAGUCUGGGAACACGUCGCCGCGGGCUAUCUCUCGCGCUGAGCGUGAGCGGAAGGUGAGCAUGCGGCUCCACCGAGGAGCCCCCGCAAACGUGUCAUCCUCUGACCUCACAGCCCGUCUUGACCAAUCCCGAAUUUCCACAUCGCAGGUCAGCAUGCCAUUUGAGCACCUGGGGAAGUGAAACCUUCAGCUCCACAUGCACUGGAUACUGACAGGGCUUCAAGAGAUCCUUUGUCCCAAUUUUGUUUCUUUUGUGAAUUUUUGCCAAUUGGACAGAUAAGUGGAUCUUGGAGGAAAGGACAGAGAAUCAUAAACCGAUGACAGUUGGUCAAGGACUGCAGGAAUUUCUCCCCUCCACCCUAACUUUGAUGGGAUAAACCUGGCCUAUAAUAGUACAAGGAUAAGAUGGUGAAUAACACCCUCCUCUCCACUGACCUAUUUACCCCAUGGUAGCUUGGAUCAUACACCCCUUGCCACACACCUUUGUCCCUCCCCCACUAUUCUCUGGGUGGCUGGCAGAGGUAGAAGACUGAUUUGGGGGUCGAAAAAGCCAAGCAGGUGCUCCUUUGCCAAAUAUAGUUGCGGGCACAAACACGUUCCAAACCAAGGAAAGGUCAACUCGAAAUUUGGGCUUGUGUGGAUUUAGCCAUUUCUGUUUACACUGCAAAGACCACACACACAAAUGUACCCAUGUAUGUUUUAACCAGUUCAUUUAUAGAAUAGUAAGGGGCUGUACUCCAUUGGUAUGAUUUACUGUGAAUAUUUUGUGAAUAGAUCAUAUUCAUUUGGUGGGGGUCCUGUUGAGGCUUGGGAAAUUUGUUUAUUAUUUGAUGUUUUAAUUCGAAAAGGUACAGCUGAAGAGAAGGAAUGGUGAGAAAGAUGGAGAGAUGGGUGGGUGGUAGAUGAAGCCAUGAGAAAGGAAGAGCAAGUGAUUAUUAGCUGUAAUGGUGUAGAAAUAGUGUUGGGUUCUUUUCCCCUACUUUACCUCUUACUGGGUUCCUAAUUCUCUACUUUACCUCUUACUGAAUUCCUAAUUCCCUACUUUACCUCUUACUGAAUUCCUAAUU